AUGGUUCUUUCACCUAUCGAAGUUUUACUAGCUACAUUGUUGGCUCUCGCUACUAUUAGCAGUGAUGUUAUCGCCGCUAAUAGUACUUCCGCAGUGAACGUUACGUGUAGUCCAGCGCCGCCAAACGUGAAUAUAUCCCGUUGUUGUGAAACACCAAUUCCUUUCGCUGUAGAAGUUCUAUUAAAAUGCCAGGACGUCCAGGCACAAUGGAUAGCGUUAGGGAAUGGAACCAAAACAGAGAUGCAAUGCGGGUCCGAGUGUAUCAUAAACGAGAUGAAAGAUAUGUCGAAAUUUUUCACCAAUCUGGCCCAAAGUCCAUCCCCGAAGUGGUUGGAAUGGCUCACACAGUUGCUUGCAUCUAACAGCGUCUGCAUGCUCAAGAUAAACAAUUUUAAGGAAGUUCUGCGAGCAGCUGUGGGAAAUAGUCCAAAUAUCUGCGACGUAGAUUUGGUGGCAAUAGCUGAUUGCAUAAGCAGAAAUAUGUUCCUGACGUGCAGCAGCCGGAGUGACAGCAGGGAAUGUGCAUCGGUUGUAACUUUUCUGAGCGGUCCAUGCAUGUUUAGUGAUUUGAAUCAAGAUCAGCUUUAGAACUAG